AUGGUGGAUGCCAAGAUCUCCUACUCUGACAGAGUCCAGUGUGGGGUCACAGGAGAGCAGCUAUGGCUGAAAGUCUGGGAGGAAGCUUUUGCUGAGUUCCAGAGGCUGAAGGCUGCUGCCAUUGCAGAGAGAAACCGAGCUCGUGUGGUUGGAGGUUUGCCAGAUGUGGUGACAAUUCAGGAGGGCAAGGUAACUAGAAUAUACCUAGAAUAUACCAUAACCCAGGAGUGCAAGGUAACUAGAAUAUACCUAGAAUAUACCAUAACCCAGGAGUGCAAGGUAACUAGAAUAUACCUAGAAUAUACCAUAACCCAGGAGUGCAAGGUAACUAGAAUAUACCUAGAAUAUACCAUAACCCAGGAGUGCAAGUCUCUUAACCUAACAGGCAAUGUUUGGGGUGAUCCCACGCCUGAGGUCAGCUGGCUGAAAAACGACAAAGAGCUAGUGUCUGACGAACGCUACGCCCUCAAGUUUGAAAAUGGCAAGUUUGCCAGCAUCACCAUUGCCUCUGUGACCCCAACUGACUCAGGGAAGUACGCUUUGCUGGUGAAGAACAAGUAUGGAACGGAGGCUGGAGAGUUUACUGUCUCGGUCUAACUUCCCAGAAGACGAGAAGAAGAACUGAGUAGAAAAAGAUGGAGGGAUGAGGGAUGGUGGAAUGGAGGGAGUAAGGAAGGAGUGAUAUAAAGGGUUGAAGAAUGAGGGGGUGAUCUCCAAAGCUAUUUACUCCAGUGCAUGAUGACAAACAGAGUAUAGGCUGGAUGCAUUAAGAAGAACAUUUCUUAAAGCCUUGGUAGAGUUCAUCUCCUGUGAUGUCUAAGUCAAAUGCCUCAAGCCCAGUACAGUAUUCUAAAAUGUACUAUAUCAAUAAAAAUGUACCUGAGAAGAAUCAA